AUACCUAUUUUUUUUUUAUCUCACUUAUUUCCUGUAACGAUGGCGACUAAGGCGUCUUGGUUGUUGCUUCUGCUCCUUGUUUCGCUGAGCGCUGCGGAUAAUGGCGAAGAAACUAAUACUGAAGACAAACAGAACUCCAAUACAGGGAACAAAUCCAAUGAUCCACAGAAAAACAAGAGUACUGUGCAUGUUGAUGAUAAAAGCACUGUGCAAAAGACUUCAGACCCAGAUGCUGGUUCUACUAAGUCCUUAUCUAGUGCUGUCAAAUUAGUCCCGACUAAGGAGAAAUCCUCUGAUCCUGUUGCUGGAAAGCAGGAAACUGUGGAUGGUGGCGCGGGUAGUGUGACUAACGUGAGCAGUGUACAAAGUAAGGCAAAAAAUGUGCCAUCAUCACAGAAUGCACAGAAUGCUACAAAGGCUGAGGAUGAACCUAUAAAAUCACAGGCACAGUCUGAAGUUACUAAAGAUGCAGCCACAGCACAGAAAAAAGAUAAUCUGAAGGAUUCAACAACUGCACAGGAUAAGGUAGAAGGUAACUCAAAGCCCCCUAAUAAGGCUGUACCCAUUGAAUCUGAAAUAAACCCUAAUCCCAAGGUUAAUGAAAAAACAAAUGAUUCACAGACUAAAAAUACUCUUCCCAUGGCAGCAAAGGGCUCUGCACCUUCACAGAAUGAUCCUAAAGGCAGUGAAACAGAGAAAAUAACAGCGUCGAAAAAUACUAAACCUGCCUCCAAGGGUACAGGAGCAACUGAUUCAGACAAUCCAGUUAAAUCUCCAAAGGAUUUAGAAGAAUCACAAAAUGAAAAAAAUGAUAAAGGCAAGGAAUUACUUGAACCUAAUGAAGACGCUGAAGUAACCAACGAUGGUGAGAACCCUAACGAAGAAAAUCCUGAUGAGAUUCCAGACCAGGGCUUGGAGGGCCCAGUAAAUCCAGAGAUCACAGAAUUUGAAGGUGAUGAAGAUGAUGAACCAGAACUACCCAAGGAAACUGAAAAAACAGGAAAAGAUAAGCAGGAAGAUGGGAAUGUGAAAACUCAAGCCGAUCCUUUGCCCCAGGAUAAAUCAGAAAGCAGCCAUUUUUUUGCUUACCUGGUGACUUCCGCUAUCCUUGUUGCCGUACUUUAUGUUGCUUAUCACAACAAGCGAAAGAUUAUUGCUUUUGCUUUGGAAGGAAGGCGUGCCAAGGGUGGAAGAAGGCCAAAUUCUGGGGAUUACCAGCGGCUGGAACACAAGAUCUGAUCUCCAUUUCCUGCCGUCCAGACCACAAAAUGCCACUUUCCUAAGGCACAGAGGGACCUGCCCACUGGUGACAUGGUUCCUUGUAUUUGCACUGUGGAGAUGAAAGAACCUCUUAUUUCUCUCCCCUUCUACAACCACUCCAAUCUCCAUCUGAUGUUCCAUUCCUUUGUAACCUAAUGCCACGGCAUACUGAGGAAAGCACUACCAUCCUGAUCCAUGGCCAGGGAAUGGAGACUCAUUAGCCACACCAUCUAUGUUAUGUAGAGUAGACUACACUUUUCUGCUUAUUUGUUGGACUGUCACUUUUAAUGUAAUGCAAAACUUUUCCUAAAACACUUUAGACUGUGAGAACAUAGGAGCUUUGUUAAAGGAGAACUACGGCUAAAGCUUCCUGCCCUUCUGUGUAUGCCAGAUAUGGGACUGCUCUACGGCAUCUGAAAUCCCUUUGGAGUUUCUCACCCACCACCUCUGCUGCAAAGUAACUUAUUUUCUCUGUUCUGAGUCGGUGAGGGUUACGUGCUUAUGUGCCAUGGGGGAUACGCCAAGGCGCGUGCACAGUAGGUACGUUUGGUAGAUAGCAGGGAGAGUUCUUUGGAGGAAAUGGUGGUGAGUUGGAAAUAUUAGGGGGACUACAUUAGCUUCUGUACAUUAUGCCAGCAGCUGUAGAAAUGAAAUGUAAGAUGUGGGCAGAAAAGAAGGUUUAGUUGCCUCUUUCCAAGCUGAUACAUGGUACUUACAUUAUUAAAACAAUAUUGUUGGUUAUAGGGGAAAGGUUGCAUUACAUACAUAAAUAGCCAAAUUCAGGGAUAUGGAUCGGUUAGCACUUUAGGGAUUACUGAAUAUAAUGAGUUUAAACUUGAUCUGCAGGUUGUUGUGUCUGAAAAGAGGACUAUUGAGCCAGUGAGUGCAAACAUGGGGGAGUGUGAGUCUUCUGAACCACAUACAGGACUUAAGGGAAUGCCACUAAAGUUUUCCUGCCAGUCAGGAAAGUGCUUACCAAACUGACCCAUUUAUCAUGUCAGAUGAAAGUGUCAGUUUAUCAGAACACCAUUCUGCUCCAUGUGGUGUUAGAGCCCAGUGCAGCUGUUGAGUUCUAACACCCUUCAGAAGCAUUAAGCCCUGACACAAAUUGCAAGGGAUUCCCAACCAAUUAAAUAGCUCUCUUUCUGCACUGGGAGAAAGAAAUGUUUAAUUGAGACCCCCAGUGUGACUUUGUGCUUGAUAUCUCUGUUAUCUCUCAGUGUGUCUGGUCAUAGCCUGCCACUUUGCCAUUUCAUUUAUUGGAUGUUCCCGAUGCCAGCUCCGGUCAUAGUGAUUCCCUGCAAUCACAGUCUGUUUUGUUCUAUGCAGUUAAUCCGUUGCAAGAGGCAAUGGGUAGUCAUGAGACUCUCUGUGGCUACUCCCCCGAACAAAUCGGAGUCCCCACUAAGCACCAGCUCCUCCAAAGUGAGAGGCAAGUAUCACAUGGAAACUUGCAGUAAUGGAUGUCACUCGACAGGACCCAGUGCUUGGUGGCAAUUCAUAUUUACUAUGAAUGAAGGAAGGGACAGUUAGGAGACUUUUAUUCCAUUCCAAAUUUCUUCAGAUCUGUCUGCCAUUACCUUUACAUGUUUGAUCAUAUAUGUUUGUCCCUUUUAAGUUGCUCUUUUUUUGUUUAAUUGUAACCCCUGGGGCUUAUUUUGAUCGGUUCUAUUUGUUUAUGUUUAUAUUUAAGAAAAAAUUAAUAUAUUUUGUGUUGGGGUGGUAGGGCUUUUUUUUUAGGAGGGGGGGGGGGAGAGAUCUGGUUUGGGUCAAAAUUACUGAGAGCAGUUGAUCAUAUUUUUGAAGCAUAAAAACAAAUUAAACUGCCCAGGGAUUGAAGCUGCAAAAGUGCCAGUUGCCCUACAUUGUUACUAGCCAUAGGCCAAGGCACUGUCUGCAGUGGUAGCAAUGGAUUGCUGGUGUGGACUUACCCCUCGUUUUCUUCAUUAGCCCAAAACAGGCCUGCUACUCUUGCUUGCAGCCUUGGCUGUGUCUUUUCUGUGUUCUGCAGUGUGUUGGGCAUGAGGUUGUUCAGGAUUAGGCCCCCAGCCCUGCCCAGGAGAACACACACAAGAUAAUGUGAACAUUUUAGGUCUGUCAUGUGCUACAUAUGAACUAACCCCUUUCAGGGCUAGGAGCAAGGCAAUAGAUAUGUAUGGGCAUUGAUUUCAUUGAAUGAGUAACAUGAUUAUAUAAAAUCCAGUGUAGUCAACAGCUGGAACGUCGUAGGUUGUGAGGGUACAGCUCCCAGCAUCCCCUGUUGCUUUAAGGAACAGGGUGAUAAUUAACGUCCCUGAUUAAGAAGGUUCCAGCUAUAUAACGUUCUUAGCACGUGUAGGAUUUAGAGCACAGGCCACAGGAAUUCCAUAGAAGCGAUUGACUUGAUGUCAGUGCCUGCACGCAGUGUGCUUCAAUCCCUUUAUUUGGGAAUAGUGGGGAGAUUAUGUUUCAUGAAAUUAUUGUAAUGUGACAACUGCAAAAAAACACAAAAGGAAAUAAAUAUGAAAUGUAUUUGCACCCGUGA